ACAAUCUUACUCUAGAUUACAAACAAACAUAUACCAAAAAAAAUCAGGGCUUAAUUAGGUUUUCUCUCCAUUGAGUUCUUGAAUCUAUUAUUCAAUUAUAACUCAAGCAUAUUAUAAAAGAUUUUAUAUAUAGGUGUCAAACUUUUAAUUCUCUACUCAUGAUCAUAAUACCAAGAAUUUCACAAAGGUCUAUACCUUAGCUUAAUUAACCCUAGCUCCAAAAAUUUGCCAACUUUCUUGUUCAUUUUUUUCUUGAUCAAGUAAUUGAACAUGAGGAAUGGAGGUUGCACAAUACAACAAGCUCUAACAUCAGAGGCAACAAGUGUAGUAAAACAAGCUGUUGUACUAGCUAAGCGUCGCGGCCAUGCCCAAGUGACACCUCUCCAUGUAGCCAACACCCUACUUGCUUCAUCUUCUGGCUUGCUUAGAACAGCAUGCCUCCAGUCUCAGACUCAGUCUCAGUCUCAUCCUCUUCGUUGUAAAGCCCUUGAGCUUUGCUUCAACGUGGCCCUCAAUCGCCUUCCUACAUCAUCAUCAUCUUCUAGUAGUCCCAUGUUAUUAGGUCAUCAUCAUCAUCACCAGCAUCAUCAGCAUCAACAUCCUUCCAUUUCUAACGCGCUUCUAGCUGCCUUCAAGCGCGCUCAAGCUCAUCAAAGGAGAGGAUCAAUAGUAGAGAAUCAACAACAACAACAAUCAUCACCUCUUCUAGCUGUGAAGAUAGAUCUUGAACAACUCAUAAUUUCCAUCUUGGAUGAUCCUAGUGUAAGUAGGGUUAUGAGAGAAGCUGGCUUUUCAAGUACUCAAGUCAAAACCAAUGUUGAACAAGCUAUAACUUCACUAGACCUCAUGUGUACCACUUCUCAAAAUCCCAAAGAAAACAACAACAACAACAACCAUAUAUUCCUUUCUCUUGAUCAAAGUGUUGGAUUAUCAAACUCAAGUUGCAACAAAGUGAUCAAUAGUACUACCAACUCUUUUCCACAUCAUGUUAAAGAUGAAGAUGUGAUGUGUGUAGUGGAAAGUCUAAUGAACAAAAGGAGAAAAAGUAUUGUGAUAGUUGGUGAAUGUAUUGGUAGUUUAGAAGGGGUGAUUAAAGGAGUAAUGGAUAAAGUUGAUCAAUCAUUAAAGGAAAUUAAGCUCAUAAGUGUACCACUUUCAACAUUUGCUAAUAUCACAAGACAAGAAGUUAACCAAAGAAUAGAAGAGUUGAUUUCACUUAUAAAAAGUCUAGUAAACAAAGGGGUUGUUUUAUACUUGGGAGACCUCAAGUGGAUUACUGAUUAUAGGUCUAAUAAUGAUGAUACCAAUGAUUCAAGAAGUGGAUUAUUUGGCUAUUAUUGUCCUGUGGAACAUAUGGUCAUGGAACUUGGGAGAUUGGUUUGUAAUAAUAUUGGUGAAAAUGGAAAAAUUUGGCUAGUUGGAAUUGCAACAUUUCAAACUUACAUGAGAUGUAGAAGUGGUCAUAAUUCAUUGGAAUCUAUUUGGGGCCUUCAUCCUAUUACUGUUCCUACUGGAAGUUUGGGGCUUAGUCUCAACUCCGACAGUGAUACACAACUUGAACUUAGAAGCAAGGCAUCUGAAAAUGGAUCAUGUGGGAUGAUUCUUGAUAGUGUGGAUGAUUCUUCAACAUUCUCCUCAAGUUUACCUUCAUGGCUUAAAGAUGAGAGGCAAAGACUCAAUAGUAAUCAUCAGGGUGUGUCAGUUGAACAGCUCUGCAACAAGUGGAAUUCAGCUGUAUGCAAUGCGUCUCAUAAGAAAACCAAGACGUUUGAAAGAAGUUUAACCUUCCCUAGUACUUCUUCAACAUUCAAUUCUGCAUUUCUUGAUCUAGAAGUACAUACACGCGAACCAAGUCUGAGAAUCUACAUUCCUGAGCAUAGUGAUACUGACCCCAGAAACGCGAUUUCUUCCUCAAGUGAUCAAAUUAUGGAGUUGGAUUACUACAUUUCAAUGUUUAAAGAGUUCAAUUUGGAAAACUUGAACAUACUUUCCAGUGCAUUAGAGGACAAAGUAUCAUGGCAAAAAGAGGCAAUCAAAGAAAUUUCGAGUACAAUAUUGCAAUGUAGGUCAAGAAUGAUGAAAAGAUCAACAAAUAAUGGUGAAUCCAAAGAAGAAACUUGGUUAUUUUUCCAAGGACAUGAUGUUCAAGCAAAGGAGAAAAUCGCGAGGGAAUUAGCUAGGGUUGUGUUUGGUUCUUAUUCGCGCUUCAUAUCAAUAGCUCUGAGUAAUUUUUCCUCAACGAAGAUGGAUUACUACAAAAGAUCGCGAGAUGAACAAGGUUGUUGUAGCUACAUCGAGAGAUUUGCACAAGCAAUGUGUUCAAAUCCUCAUCGCGUUUUCUUCAUGGAGGAUAUAGAACAAGUAGACUAUUGUUCUCAAAGAGGGAUCAAGAAGGCAAUUGAAAGAGGAAAAAUUGCAAAUUCAAGUGGUGAAGAAGUGAGUUUAAGUGAUGCAAUUAUCAUUUUAAGUUGUGAUCAUGAUAGUAAUAUUAGUUCUAAUUGUGAUGGAUUAGACAAUGGAGAGAUUAGUCCUAGAAGUAUUAGUCCUAAUUGUGUUUCUUUGGACUUAAACAUCUCCAUUGAUGAUCAUGAAACUAGUGUUGAUGAUAUUAGGCUUAUUGAAAGUGUUGAUAAAUGUAUUAUGUUUAGAAUUCAAGAAAUGUAGGAGAAUAAAUUAAACACAUUGUGUAUCAUGAUUAUGUGAUGAGAAAAAUUUAAUUAGAAUUGUCACUUUCCUUUAAUUUGCA